CAAAAACCUAUCAUCAACACUGUCGCUCUGAUAUCCCAGUAACUGUACCACCACUUUCAACUUGAUAUUACCGCUCUUCAAUGAAGCCCACGGUCUUCAAGAAAGGCAAGACUGCACUGUUGAGCUACGAGCUUCCACAUCGCGUCCACACGGCUCAGAUAUAUCCCAAGAAGGCGCCGAAUGGGUCGACCAUCAUAAUCUAUGGCCAUACUUCUGGUGUACGGAUAUUGUGGAGAGGUGGUCGACGGCUGAAGCAAUCGAGUGAGACGUCAAAGACGAACCAGAGGCAGGCAAAGACCAAUGGCACACAAGGCGACGCUAUUGCGGUGGAAAAUGACAUAGUCGACGACAACAAUCGAGUCGCAGAAGCUCGACGGCUGGAGGCAUUCGAAGAUGCGGAAUUUGAAUCAGAUGAAGAGGAGCUCGACGCCCAAAGCCCAGUUCCAUCCAUAAUACAGCACGUGGACCUCGCCAUUCCCUCAGAGGUCCUUCAUAUAGCCAUCCCCGGGCUCCCAUCCGCAGGAACUAGUGUCACCAAGGAUCAAGUACCACAGAUACUUCAUGAUCGGGUCGUCUUCACUGUGGCAUCUGUAGACAGCAGUAUUCGUGUAAUUUCACUUCCCAUCUCUCCACCCUCCAAUGCGAGAAAGGCUGCCGCAAAAUCAAGCAAGACCGCCUCAAAAUGGGGCGAGGAGAUGGCUGUGAUACACGGCCAAUAUGGCCAUGCACAGAUACCUGGUGGUGUAGCAAUGACGUGGACACCACGGCAUUCUUUGCUUGGAGGCUCUCGGUCGGACGUUGACAUGCUCGACAUCGAUGAAGCUAUAGCUCCUAGGUCUGCUAGACAAAAGGUGGAAUGGGAUCUCAUCAUCGCCUCGCACUCUGCCGACGUUUCCGGCAUUCUGCAGAUAUUUCGCCUUCCGUUGGCCUCGGGCCAGGGGAAACGCGUCUUGCCAGAAAGCGCGCCUCCAAUAUUUCCCUGCCAAACGAGGUAUCUGCCCAGUCCAGCUGUAUGCGUUGCUUUCAGUCCAAACACAUUUCCGGCAACACGACACAUGCAACUGCUUGUCGCAGACAGCAAAGGAUGCAUCAAGGUCUACGAUCCAUUCAGAACGCCGCUGGAUAGCAAGCGCGUAGUACGAGCAGAAGAAUUACUCACGCCAGAGCAGUCCAUAAGCCGCCUUGGCGAAUGGGUUGCCUCAUUUAAUACUGGAUUUGAAGUACCUAAGACGGGCAGUAUUAACGCACCGGCUACUGCACAGCGAAAGCGAAUACUUGAUGCAAAAUGGGCAACAGGAGGACGUAGUAUAAUCACCCUACUGGCAGAUGGCGAAUGGGGUGUCUGGGAUAUCGAUCAUACUGGCUCGAAUGCUUCUCGCACCUCCGCGACAAAACGAGUUGACAACACCACUUUCGCCAUCGGCGGCUUCUUAGUGGCAGUAUCUGGAUCAGAAGUUGUAGCUGGUAGUCAGAAGCCACGCAGUUCUCGUGCUUUGGCUCCCAUGACACCGAAUACGCGGCGGACACGAGAAGAGAAUCUGUUCCAAGACCACUCUAUUCCUAUAGGUCCUGUCGCGCGAGGUGGCAUUUCGGUGGCAAGCCUUGUGUCUGCCAGUGGUGGCGUACCUGAAGAUUCGGUUGUCAUUCGUUAUGGAACAUACGUAUGUCGUAUUUCCAACCUCGCACAAUUCUGGGCUCGUAGUGCUAGUGGCUCAUCAGGUUCCCUCCAUGGGCCUGGGCUCAGCCGCGUUGAAGGCAUCGACACGCGUGGUGAAUACAUCAAUGGCAUACAACAGUUCGACGUUCCAGCGGCGAAGGCUAGACCAGCAAGUCCACGGGACUUACUGGUCGUCGCGGAACAUCGCUUGCUCAUUUUGACCGAGAACACGAAUACUCACGAACGAGGACGAAUACUCUUUGCGCGAGAGGCAGAGCAUGACGAAAUAAUAGUACAGGAAGAGAUGGAUAUCGAUCAGAAGCUCCUCGAGGGAGGCCAAUUGAACCUCGAUGGCAUUGACAACAUGCUUGACGGGAUGGCCUCUGGCGCCACCACCGCACCGACUGGUCGCAGAGUAGGCUUCGCGACAUAGUCUUGUAGUAAGUAAGAAGGGCCCUGUAUGUCUACAUGGUUGGAAAAUGUUGUCUCUAAGAGCUCGUAUAAUAUACCCCUUAUACUUCAGGGCGGAUCUUGUCCGUGCAUAGCAAGCAGCAACGUAUUACGGUCUAUCGGCAUGGUCGCAACGCGUGCUGGCUAGAUGUUGUCUCUUUCUCUCUGGUAGUUUUCACUUUUUUCGUAUGCACU